AUGGCUGGGACAGCGGAGUUCCCGCCGGACCCGGAGGAGGGAGAAGAGGAGAGCAAGGAGAAAGAGGUUGCGGCUGCAGAGACAGUGUCAGGCCCAGCCUCAUCCACCGGCCCCGUAGAGGACUUCCGUGUGCGCUGCGCCUCGCAGAAGGCUGUGUCUGAAAUGCUAAAGAUGUGCAGCCGCUUCAUUCGGGAGCUGGGGGAAGUUCUGCCAGAGGAGAGCCGAGAGCUGGCGCUGAAAGACGCGCAGUGGAAUUUUGUAACUGCUGUGCAAGAGAAUGUUAGUUUCAAUGGACAGGCUUGGCAGGAAACUUCAGAUAAAGAACUUCCUGUAGAUCCCAAGAUUAGGAUUCUUGAAGAUCAGUUUGAUGAAGUUAUAGUGGAUACAGCUACAAAACGUAAGCAGUAUCCCAGAAAGAUUCUUGAAUGUGUCAUCAAAACCAUGAAAACACAACAUGAAAUUAUGAAGUACUACCGGCCUGUUGUACACCCAGAGGAGAUCAAAUCUGAUGCCAAACAAGAAUCUUACAUGGAAAAUUUGAAAUGUAGAGGAGAAACAACUACCAAGCAGAUUACUGAAGCAAUGAAGUCCUUGCCAGUGUUGAUUGAGCAAGCAGAUGGGUUCUCUAAAGUUCUAGCGAUGCAGCCUGUUCUACAACUUCAGAGGCUCCACCAAGAAGUUUUCUCUGGCAACCACACGAAAGAAGCUAUAAAACCUGAGAACUUUAUAACACAAAUAGAAACCACCCCAACAGAGACUAAUGCCCAGAAAACCACUAACAUAGUACUGAAAAGGAAGAGACCUAAAGACUCCCCACAGAGAAAAAAGUAUCCAUUGCUGCGAAUGAAGAUUGAUCUUGAUUCAUGAGAUGCCCUGUUUAUCUUGGAAGUGGUAAAAGGCCUUUAUCUAUAGC